GCGGUGCGCAUGCGCGGGGCUGCAGCGCUUCGCGGAUCCUUUUCCGUGAGAUGGCUACUCCAGUCGCCACAGAAAAUGUCACCCUUCCAAACAAUAGCAGCAAGACAAUUCUGGUGCGCCAUCUUCCAUCAGAUUUAACACAAAGUGAGAAGGUGGAUCUGCUGAAGUAUUUCGGAGCAGUGUCUGUGCGGGUUUUAUCAGACAAAGGAAGACUGAAACAUACAGCUUUUGCUACUUUCUCAUCAACUCAUGCAGCAGCGAAGGCUUUGACCAGACUGCAUCAGUUAAGAGUCCUGGGCCAUACUUUGGUGGCGGAAUAUGCAAAGGAACAGGAGCACAUCAAGCAACUGGAACCGGGGACAGUCUGCGAUGAAAACAAACCUCACGUGACACAAAAGCCUUCAGGCGAUGAAGUUGUGAAGCAGGCUCUAAAACCAAGAGUUCCCGUGAUUGAGGAUGCGAUUGCCAAGAGCCUCGGGUUUACCUAUCCCAUGAACCCAUGUCUGAAGUAUCUGUACCCACCGCCAACCAGCGUCACUCUGGCCAACAUUGCAAAUGCCAUGGCGAGUGUACCCAAAUUCUACGUGCAGGUUCUGCACCUGAUGAACAAGAUGAAUCUGCCUGCUCCCUUCGGACCCAUCACGACCCGCCCUCCAAUGUAUGAGGAGUAUGUUCCUGCCCCCCCACCAAUGCCUCCACUACCCCCAGAGGAACCACCUCUACCCGAGGAAGAGAUGGAUGUUUCGAGUGAGGAAGAAUCCGAAUAUGAAAGUGGAAGUGAAGAGGAUAAAGAAAGAAUGGUGCGAUUGAUGGAAUUGGCCUCACUUCCACCAAAACAGAGACAGAAGAGAAAGCGGGUCUCCGUCCGAAAACGACCGAGGCUAAAGGACCUGAUUAACGUGCCAAAAGCACCUACCCAGAGCUCACAUCCUGUGGUGCCACCGUCUGAAGUCUUUGACCAGCCACAGCCUCACAGUCAAAAGAAAAUUGAAUUCCACAUCUCUGUCGAUGCGAGCAGCUUGUUGGAGGGAGGAGGCGAUUAUCGACCAGAACCGCAAGAGAAUUCCGAACCUCAAAAUUCAGGAUUUGGGAAAAUCCAACCAACACCUGUAUGUUCAAAAAAUGAAAGUGAGGAGGAGGAAGAGGAAGAAAUUCCCUCUGAGUUCAUUUCCAAGAAACAGUUGGCCAAGGGAAGGAUCUCCAGAGAUGAGAUGGAGAGCAUUUCGUUGUUUAAGAACUACAAUCCAGGUGAACCGACCUGUCGCCUAUACGUAAAGAACCUUUCCAAACAAGUUGAAGAGAAGGAUUUGAAGUUCAUCUUUGGCAGAUACGUUGAUUUCUCAUCACAGACUGAGAGGAACAUGUUUGACAUCCGGCUGAUGAAAGAAGGGAGGAUGAAGGGCCAAGCCUUCAUUGGGCUUCCCAAUGAGAAGGCUGCAGCCAAGGCCCUCAAGGAAGUCAAUGGGUUUGAGCUCAAAGAAAAACCGAUGGUGGUUCAAUAUGCCCGCUCUGCACGGCCGAAACAAGAUCCAGCAGACGGCAAGAGAGGCCAAGGGAAGUGAAGGACACUUCACAAGAAUGCCAACAUAAAGGGAAAACAGCAUUUAUUCUGUGGGAAAGGAGAGUGCUGAUUGGUCAGCAAAUGAACUCUACAUGGUAGCAGCAUUGCCUUGAGAAUGUACCAAUUAAUGGUUGACAGUUAACUGCUAGGUUUUGUUUAAAUUUUAAACCAGACAAGUUGAAUCUGAUUAGUCAAAACAUCUUCCUGAGAAAUGAGCCAGUGAAUGGCUGUCACCUAUUCUGUUGAGGUGAAACAGGUGCAGGGUGUGUUCUUGCUGUCUACAAAUGGCUUUGACUGUUGAUAUAUGGAGCUUCUAGUGCCCACAAUACACCACAUUGAGCCCAGCCAACCAUCCAGACUCGGUCAUCAGUCUAUCCUGAAUACUCUGCAUUAUUUGGCAAAUACUGAUCAAUAGUGUGGCACACCUGUAAUUUCUUACAAUUUGUCCUGAUGUGUGCAGGAAGAAAACCUCUAACUGUCUAUUCUUUAAGCCAAACCAGAGACCGAUUCGUGGCUUUCUCCUUCCUCUGUCCUGUUGAUCCAGAGUGAAGGAUAGACAUCCCCCUGCUCCAGCACCCCAUAGCAGUAUUGAAAUCUCAUCAUGCUGUAACUGUGGGCUGUAAACUCUACCUGCCAUACUGUGCCUAGCCUCAUUGGAAGUUUCCACACCACAGCAACUCCUAACAUGUCCUCUUUAUCUCAUUCAAAUCAUCAGCAGAUCCUUCUCUGCUGUUUCUCCACAUUGGUCCAGUGUUCUGUUAAAUGUAUUGACGUUGUUUCCAUCUACCACUUACCCUGGCAGCGAUUUCCUGUCUCCCCACUGAGUAAAAAGGUUUCUCCUGACUUGGAUUUAUUAAAACGUGUAAUGGCCCCGGCUUCUAGUGUCUCCCAUUAACAGAAUUAUUGACUCUGCAUCAACUGAGAAGCUUCCAGAAUCCUGAAGUGACCAAUCAGAUCCCCAUUUUCUCAGUGUUGGAAGCAGCCCUCCAGCAUGGUCAGCCUUUGUUCAUAGUCCAGGCACUGUCCUUGUUCCUACUUGUACAGGGCGAGAUGGAGAACUGUCUUAUCCUGAGAAUUUCUCUGAAUAUUUAACUUCUUCUCCUGGUAUCCUGCGAUCAGCUGGUUCAGAAAUGUUCCGGCCCGUGAGUUGAGGAGGAGCCAGGAUGAGGGUAAACAGCGUUGUUUCAGGAUGGGGAGUGUUGCAGUCUGAGUCCUGAUGAAGUGUUUGUGGCUCACUGGGAAACAUUGUGAGUCUGAGAUGGUAGCCCCAGCACGGGAGGCUGUGGAUGUUCUGUACUCUGGGAAAGUGUCAAUAUCUGCAGUUAGUUGUUGAAUUCUUGCUGCUUGAAUGAAUGUGUUCAACAAAAAUAAAAGCUGGUGUAACAAAA